AAUCAUUUAUAUUUGAAAAGAGCUAGACAAAAUGUCACAAGUUGCCUGUUAUUAAGUCAAGUAACUUAUUUUGUCAAUCUAUUCCAAAAAAGUUAUAUUAUUUCAUGAGUGCUGUUAACAUGUGCAUAUAGGACACAUGUUAAGGUUUCUAUAAUUAGAAAUUUGCAUUUAAUAUUAUAAACGAAUUUAAUGCUUAAAAGAUAUAAUACACAUGUUUCGAGAAAAUAUUUUUAUAUUUGUAUUCUUAACAUGUGCCUUAGAUGCCCAUGUUAACAUUUGCCAUAUUUCAUUAGUUUUCUUUUUUCUAUAUAUCAUCACUUACUCAACAUUUAUGUUAUCUUUCCUUACCAAUACUCUUUGGCCAAAGCUUCUUCACAUUCAAAAUCUCAAUCAGAAAAAUGAUGGAGCACUUAUCAUCAAGAUGCAUAUAGAAUAGACCAAGAAAUGUCUAAAGAAAUGAAGUCCAAGCACAAUCCAUCAAAUGUAGUAGCCAAAUUAAUGGGGCUUGAAACCCUUUCAAAGGGAGAGCCUAAUUUAUCUGUGAUUAGAAGCCAAACAAAAGAUUAUUCUCAAGACAUGUAUGCUCAUUUAGGAUGGCCAUUGAAACAUUGGAAGGUGGAAGAUAAGUUUAUGAUGGAUAAUAAGGAUAUGCUUCUUGGAGUUCAUCAUCCAAGCACAGAACAGAUUGGCCACAAAGAUGGAUAUGAAACAUGGCUGCAAUCUCAGAGAGGAUGGUGGAGAGAAGAUUUUGAUGAGGGGAAGAUGGCUCUUGUCCGUAAAAAAUUCAUUGAAGCAAAGUAUCUGUCGACAGAUAAGACGUUGCGUCAAUCCAAGCAAUUUCAAGAUGCAUUGGAUAUUUUAAGCUCAAACAAUGAUCUCUUAGUCAGGUUUUUGGAUUCACAAAAGCUUUAUCAACUUCCCUCUACUCCACCGGACGAUUCGAACUGCAUUACCCUUAUCAAACCUUUGAAGAUGUUUGGAAAUGACAAAUCUUCCGGAAAGGGUAGGAAGAAUGAUAGAUUGCUUAAGAAACCAGCAGAUUCUGAUCAGACAGCUGUAUGGGAGAACAUGAAUCGUGGAUACUCUCCGGAAUCUACUCGAAUAGUAGUAUUGAAACCUAGUCCUGGGAGGACAAAUGAACUUAAGGCUUUAGUUUCUCCAACAAAUCCAUCACCUCAAAGUUUCUAUCGGGGAAAUGCAAAUGAUAAUGUACUUGAAUCCAUAAAAGUGGCUAAAGAGAUUCGAAUGCAAAUGCAGAUGCAUAAAGGUCUAAGGAGCUAUCAAAAGGAUAAAACGUUAUUACUUUCCUCAGCAUUUUCCAAUGGUUAUUCUAGUGAUGAUAGCUCAUAUAACAAAUCAUAUCAUGAUUUGGAAGCUAUGUCACCAAUGCCAAGGCAUUCAUGGGAUUGUAUCAAUGUAUGUGGAAGUCCUUAUUCUACGCAAUCUAUGGGUCGUGCAACAUGUUCUCCCGAGUCAUCGGUGUGCAUAGAGGCAAAGAAACGGCUUUCUGAAAGAUGGAAUACAGUUACAGCUAAAGAAAAACAUCAUCAAGAACAAAGGCGUGUAGCGAGAAACUCUACCUUAGGUGAAAUGCUUUCUCUUUCCCUUGUAAAGAAAUCUGUAACUUCUGUGGUUGAGAGUGCUAAUAAACACCAAGAAGAACCAAGUAAAUCCAUUUCUUGCAGUCAAUCUCUCGAUGAAGAAAUGAGCACUGAUGAUUCAUCUCAAAAUGUUUCUUCAGCAAAUCCUGUUCCUGCAUCGUCUACUGUCGAUGAACCCGGCCUCUGUGUUGAUGCUAGCAUAGAACAUGAUGACUCCAAGGUGGGGGCAAAGUCAAAGAGUAAGAAAUCAUCAUUUAAAGGGAAAGUGGCAAGUUUCUUCUUUUCAAUGAGUAAAAAAUCAACCAAGAAAAAAUAUAGUUCAUCUCAAUCUAAAGAUGAAUCUGAAACUAUUGUCACCGAAACAUCGGUUCCAUCAGUAAAUUCACCUGGAGAUCAUGUGUCUCAAAGCUCAAACGUUGGUGGAUUUGAAGAGUCUCUUGCAGCUUUGUGUGACUCUUCAUGUAAAACAUCAACAGAUUCAUUUUCUUGUGGACAACAAGAAGACAUGAUUACACUAGAGCCUGGAUUGACUGAAUCAAAGUCUAUGGUGCUAGAGAUUCCAAAUGAAAAACAGGAUCGGCCAAGUCCAAUCUCAGUAUUAGAAUCUCCAUUUGAAGAUUAUAAUACAUCUCAUGAGUCCUUGGAAUGCAUGAAGGGUGGUCACAUGGGAUCAUUGGUGCGACUGAAGUCCAAUUUAAUUGACAAAUCACCACCAAUAGAAUCAGUAGCUAGGACACUAUCAUGGGAUGAAGAUUCUUUUGCAGAGUUAACAAGGGCUUCUUCCUUAGACACCAAGUUAGAGGAACAUGAUUGGCUUCUCUUGGUCCAAAAGCUACUAUCAGCGUCUGGACUAGAUGAUGAUCAAGAACAACAACAUGACUCAUUUCACACAAGAUUCCAUUCCCUUGAAAGCCCAUUGGAUCCAUCAUUAAGGGACAAUAAGGAUUGUACUCAGCCACUAAAUGAGGCCAAGAGAAGGAAAAUGAGAUCAAAUCAGAAGCUUGUAUUUGAUUGUGUUAAUGCUGCACUAUUGGAAGUUGUUGGUUAUGGGGGGUCAGAGAAUUACUUCAAGAUGUACUGUGGGACCCACAGGAAGGCCCUAGUUCAAGAGGGUUCAUGUUUGAUGGACCACAUUGUGACCCAAAUGAAGGAAUUAAUAGCAAAUGGGAUGAGGUUUGUUUGGGGUGGGGACAGUCACAGCCUGGUUGUAGAAAAUGUUGUUAGAAAAGAAGUUGUUGUUCAGAUUGGGUUGGUUGAGGUUAUGAAAAUGGAGAUUGAUGCUUUGGGGAGGGAAAUAGAAGGAAAGAUAAUAGAAGAACUAGUGGAAAAUGUUGUGCUUGAUUUUACAGGAAGAAGAUGAGGGUUUUCUCGCAAAAAAAUAGCAGUUCAUUCAAAUUUGGUUACGCUACAACGCUAUAGCACCGCUAUAACUGUUACUUUACAGCAUUUUAAACUAAACAGCAUUCAAAUUUUCUGCUUUUAAUUUUAAAAAUAAUAAUUUAAUAAAUAUCGUUGUAAUGUAGUAGUAACUAUAUUAUUGUUGCAUUUGAUUAUAUAUCCACAUGACAUGACCCUAUGCACCUAAUUUAUUAAGUGCUACAGAAACAACUUGUACAUAUUUGAUACUAUCUAUUAUAAUGACUCUGAUUUACAUUAUUUAUGCAAAAAAUCAAUGUACAUUGGUACAUCAACACA